AUGAUGGAUCCAAAGCAAUCUUGUCCUGAUGUUCUCAGCAAAGUCCCUAAUAAUGUAAUUGAUGAGAUUCUUAUGCGUUUGCCUUUUCGAGAUGCUGUCUGCACAAGCAUUUUGUCAAAGGAAUGGAGAAAACAUUGGUGUAGACUUCCACAACUGACGCUUGAUUCCGACCUUUGGAAACCUAAAAAGGAUAUACAAUACCUCACAGGUGAUAAAAGAGCUACUAAGGACCUUACGAGUAACUUUACAACGACUAUCCACAACAUUAUCACCCGUCAUUCCGGACCAGUUACAAAGUUUACCCUUUGCAUUCAGUAUUGGGAAAGCUACCCUCCUAUUGACAACUUAUUAUAUUUCCUCUCUCGAAACAGAAUCCAGCAUCUUGUUCUUAGACUUCCGAGACAAUUCAAAUUGCCGCCUUCAUUUUUCACAUGUUUGAAUUUGAGGCAUCUGUUUCUCCAAAACUGUUUGUUACUUCCACCACCAGACUUCAAAGGAUUUGAUAGGUUAAUUAGCUUAGAACUACAUGAGGUUACCAUUUCUUCCAAGUUGCUUGAAAGUUUAAUUUCUAAUUGCUUGUUGCUUGAGCAAUUGGUGCUAAAGAUCUCAGAUACGUUAAGCGACAUCAUUGAAAUUAAUGCUCCAAUGCUGAGAUCUUGUGACUUCACCGGCGAUAUGGAAACUAUCUGCUUUAAAUGUGUCCCUCGUUUGGCAAAACUUUCUCUCAGGUAUUAUCGUAAGGACUGGAAGGAGUUUGAUGUUGCAAAUUUUCUAACAUCAAAUUUUUUUGAGUCUUGUUCCGAUCUCGAGUAUCUUCACUUGGAUUACGGGGUCAUUGCUAAAGGCCAAGAAAUACCGAAAAAGCUUCCGUUUGAUCUGAUGUGUGUCAAACAUCUUUGCAUGUGUAUUUAUCUUGACAGGGAUGAGAUUCUGUGUCCUCUUUCCUUGAUAAGAAGCUUCCCAUUUUUACAAUAUCUGGAAAUUCAGAUGGAGCACAAUUUUAAGAAGAAUAUGCCGGCUCUAGAAUGUCUUGAAUUGGAAGCUUUUCCAUAUGUGAUAUUCAAACACCUAAGGGAAGUCAAGCUAAGAGAAGCUAAUGUCAGUAUACGGGAGAUGCAACUUAUCAAGCUUUUGUUAGCCAUGUCUCCGGCGCUAGUGAGGAUGGUAAUCAGUCCCCAUAGGUUUUUGGGAAAAUCUGCAAUAGUCAAAACACUUGCUAAGCUAGCAGAAUUUGAGUGUGCAUCACCUAAAGCAGAAAUUUUCCUUAAACAAGUAUAA